UACAUCACUGACCAAAAUCUUGUUAGACAGCAGUUUCUCGUCACACAAGAUGAACAUCUCCGUCUUCGUAUUUCUCGCCGCGUUUGUGGCAAUCGUCAAUGCUGAAAGUACGUGCAAGGUACCAGAUAGAUUUGAAGAAGUGGAUUGGGCUAGGCUGAGAAGUAUUUUCUGGUACGACGCCGUUGACAUUCCAUCUCAACCAUUUCUAGUUGAUUGUUUCAACUGGUUGGACUACGUACCAAAUCAUCAUGGCGUAUUUUUGAUCCUCGAAGAACUUAUUCUGAGCAACCCACUCACUCCAAACGUGUUCGUUCAAGAUUAUAAACGAGUUCGUCCAGGAAUCUACCGUCCCGAUCCUGUAAGAGCUGAAGAAUACUACAACGUUACAUACAAAGCACUUGAGCACAAAGGAAUGGGACAUGAAAAACUUGACACUUUCUUGAAGCAAAGUGCUUACGUCAUACAUACCUGGGAUUGGUGGUUCAUCACAGACUACAAGAAAUUUGCUGUCACUCUGGUGUGCCGUUACGGAAAAUUCCAGGGUUUCGCUAAAAAUAUUCAUCCAGAAUUCAGCGGUGACGAAUUUCUAGAACUUAGAAAUCUCUUGCUGGACCAUGGAAUCUCCACCAAACUUCAAGUGAAAACCGGAUGCAUUAAAGAAAACGUCCAAAUGUAUGGAAAGAAAUAGACCUUGCCGUGCGAGAGAUUCAAUAAUGAAGAAGAUACAAAAUAAGCAUAAAUUAAAUCUUCUCCUCCAUUACAAAAUUAUCAUUUUCAUGAUUUAUGAAAGUAUGCAACUGAAAGCAUUAUUUGAUAAGUGAUUGCUCAUUCCUUUCGUGUUUUCACUCAUUCCAUUCCACUUUAUAAUUGAUUUAAACAUGCCUUUUAGAAAGAUAUCUUUAUUCAAAUUAUUCAUUAUCAUGCUUUGUUGUUUUAAAAUCCAAUUUUAAUCUUUCAUAUCUGCGAUUUAAAAAUUCAGUCACCACUAAUUCACAUUAUACUACCAAUAAAGAUAAAAUUAGCAAUAUUGAUUAUUAUUUGUGUUGUCCGCAUUAGUAAAAACAUAUCAGAAUGCAUAUUAUAUCACAACUACAGUGCAUACUUAUUACCAAUGGUUUGAGUAAGAUAGUACAACUAUGGAUUGCAUUUGGCACAUGAUGAUUUCAUAAUUCAAAAACCUAUUGGAUGGUCGUUCUCAAGGGGUGACUGUACAUUUGAACCCAUGUGUAUAUCCGCGGUUUCAAUCUAUAUGCGGGUGCUAAAACCCAUGGGUUAGGGUUAGUAUGGGUUCAAAUAUCCGUAAAACAAAAAAAUACCAUAGGUGCAAUAGUAUGUAGGUGCAGUUGUCGUGGGUCCAGAUGUACGUGGGUUCGAAUGUAAUGGACCCGUUCUCAAGGACAUACAAUGAAAGUUUUUUCAACAAACUUUUUGCUAACAUAAUUUUAUUAUAUCAAAUAUAACUAUUUUAAUUAUAUAUAUUUACUUACACAUUUUACGCAAUAAUAUCAAUUUUUCUCAAAAAUGAAUAGAUUUUUGGUUUUCACAUUGUUCAUUUUAGACAAAAUCACAACGUAAUUUACCUCUUUUGCAACGAUUUUCCACUACUAACUUAGCUUAUAAAUCACAAUAAUUUAACCGAGUACGUGGAAAAUAAUUGCUUGUAAAUAGAGUCAACCACACAAAAGGUUAAACAACGUCUUCGCUUAGCCUACGGGCAGUAGAUAAAAACUGCAACGAGUUAUACUCACUUUUAUUAGACUUGUAACUUGAAGUAAAUCAUCGGUUAGUAGAAAUGGAGAAUGCCAAAGAACAAUGUAGCCUAAUGAAGUAUUAUUCAAGAAUGUACUUUAUGCAGUUUUCAAUAUCAGCGAAUUUAAGUUUAUAGGCUACUAUAACUUCGAUAACUCAGGUUGUAUUUUCAGUCCUAUUACUACGUUCCAGCUUUCUUUAUUUUCGGGCUAGUAAUCAUGACUUUUUUACAAUGCCAACCAGAACAUGUUAUUAUGUCGCUUUGCAGCUAUUGAAUAUCAUUCAUUCAGCACUUCUACUGACAAGACUAUAAACGAUUUUAUAUGAAAACUUAUUCAUUGUUUAUAUAUACUGUCAGUUAGCAAAAUAGUAAUUGUAAUAUAGUAAUUGUACCUGGAUUACAAGGUCGUAGUAAAAUAAGAAUCAUUGCUAUAGUUCGCAUUGGUAAUGGGUUAUAUUGGUAGUCUAUGCGCCUGCUGCAGAACCAUAAAAAACUACUAUAAAUAUACCUUUAUUACCGAUGAAACUA